GCUAUGUCCAAGCCGGAAAAAGACAAGGAGAUCAGGCGAAACAAAGGAAAAGCGCGUGGCCGCGGACAUCGUUUUCCGGUGGUUGUGUCGGAGAAGGUGUCGCUCAACGACAGCAUGGAGCUGGCGAAAGAACGUGAUUUCAUAAAUAUCCGCCAGUUCAGACAUGAGUGCAAGAAGCGUUGGGGAUACAAGAAGGCUAAAGCAAAGGAGUUGCGGAAGCAGUACUUGGGGGACAGCAAAAUCGCGAAGGCGGAGGACCAGCAAG